AUCACGGGUAUACCUCGGUCUUAAUCCUCCUCCUGUUCAGCUGACCCACAAGCACGGUUCGGCCCACGGCCUAUAAGCUAUCGCGAAGAUUGGCUCAUAGUCAAGACAUAAAUACAGUGAGAGGGGUCUUCGCUACGCUCAUCCUCCCUGCAAGUGUCUCCUAUAGUGUGCUGAUAACUGAGCAUGCCUAGUGUGACCGCGACUUCGAGACCAGUCAACGAGGGAUGGAAAUUCACUCAUGUUGGCGGCGGAGAGGUGGUCAAGAAGGAUGAGUGGAUCUCUGUGAAGAAAUUCCCGACUACUGUUCACGUCGAGCUAUUGGAAGAGAAGAGGAUCCCUGAUCCCUUUAUCGGACUAAAUGAAUGGGACGUGCAAUGGAUCGGCGAGGCAGAGUGGAGUUUCAAGACUGAGUUCUCUGUCGCCGAUGAAGAAGCAUCCGCUUCGAACGCCGAUUUGGUAUUUGACGGAUUGGAUACUUUCGCGACUGUCUUGCUAAACGGAAAGGAAAUACUACAGGCGAACAACCAGUUCGUGGCUCAUCGAGUUCCGGUGAAAGAUACGUUGAAAUCCGGAACGAAUGAACUGGUCAUCAACUUUGCCAGUGCGUUCCGUCAGGGUCGAGAGAUCGAGAAGCAACAUGAGAAGCUGCAUCUCUGGAAUGGUGACUCUAGUCGAUUGCACGUCCGAAAGGCUCAGUACAAUUAUGGUUGGGAUUGGGGACCCGUCCUCAUGACAGUUGGCCCAUGGAAACCUAUCUACCUCGAAACGUACAACGCUCGGAUUUCUGACAUCGAUAUUCGCAUCGACAUCCCCGGAAACCUCACUGCUCACGUUGAUGUCCAAUUCACUCUUGAUCCCCCAACAAAGGCUAAAGCAUCUGUGACUAUCAAGAAACCAAAUGGAAAUGUACUUAUCGGAGGAACCAAUAUCCCCGUGACUGAUUCUGGUGUCGCGAAGUUCAAACUAUCCCGGGGUGUAUAUGAUGCUUGGUACCCCGUUGGCUAUGGCGGGCAGCCUAUACAUGCCGUAGAGAUCGAAAUUGCGGAUGAGCAACAAAACGUACUGGAUAGCAAGUCUCAGAAGAUUGCUUUCCGUCGAGCAAGGGUUGUUCAGGACGAGUUGAUUGAUCAAGAAGGACGAACGUUCCUGUUCGAGAUUAAUAACGUCAGAAUCUUCUGUGGAGGAUCAAACUGGAUUCCUGCCGACUCGUUCCUUACCACAAUGACUCCAGAUCGAUACCGCGCCUGGUUACGACUGCUUGUGAAUGGUAAUCAGAACAUGAUUCGUGUAUGGGGUGGUGGGGUCUACGAAGCAGACGCCUUCUACGACAUCUGCGACGAACUUGGGAUCUUGGUUUGGCAAGACUUCAUGUUUGGGUGUGGACAAUAUCCCGCCUAUGAUUCCUUCCUCAAGUCGGUCGAGAUCGAAGCAGAACAGAACGUGAAACGGCUAAGACACCACCCGUCAGUUGUCAUACUUGACUACCAGGUAGCCGAAUCCUACAAGCUCGACCUGGACUACAGCGACGAAACAUCAGACUUCCGCAAGACGAACUUCCCGGCCCGUCACAUUUACGAGCGACUUCUGCCAUCAGUCGUCGAGAAGUUCAGCAAUAUUCAUUACCACCGAAGCUCGCCGUACAGUGGUUUCGGCAAGCCGACGACUGACAAGACAUACGGCGAUCUUCAUCAGUGGAAUGUUUGGCACGGGUCACAAGAACCAUGGCACAACUGGGAUAUUCUUGCCGGACGCUUCGUCUCCGAAUUUGGCAUGGAGGGAUAUCCCAACAUUCGGACCGUUGAUUACUGGCUUGGUGGAAACAAAGAGGAGCGCUAUCCACAGUCGAGGACGAUGAAUAAUCAUAACAAGGCCGAUGGCUUCGAGAGGCGUUUGGAGGUGACUUCCGUGCCUGCUGCUUUGACACGAAACUUUCGAUUGACGCUUCCAAAUCGUCGUAGUUAUACCUGGUGGAGAACUUCAAGCACUCGUUCGAAAUUGAGAGCUACGUUUAUUACACGCAAAUCAUGCAAGCCGAGACGUUGGCUUCUGCUUACCGUUUGUGGCGACGGAACUGGAAAGGCAAGGGCAGGGAGUAUACAGCAGGUGCACUCGUAUGGCAGAUCAACGAUUGCUGGCCGGUGACGUCUUGGGCCAUCGUGGAUUAUUUCUUGCGUCCCAAGCCGGCUUAUUUCACUAUCAAGCGCGAGUUGAAGCCAUUCACGGUUGGGAUGACCCGGAAGGAGAAGAAAACGUUCCCAGAUGAAUUAUCUGCUGCGGUUUUCACUAUCGAGACUGUUCUCGAAGUGUGGGGUACCAACAGCACAUUGUCAGAGAAGCAAGCGACACUGGAAGUGACUUCCUUCGAUCUUCAUUCGGACUGGACGGACACGUGGACAAAGAACAUCGUACUGGCCCCGAAUUCUUCUACCGAGCUGUUCAAAGGCGAUCUCCCGGGACAACCCAAGAGAACCAAGUUGAGUGAAAUCCCAAAGACGAUCAUCGUUUCCGCUCGUCUCUUGGACAAAUCCGGUAAAGUUCUCGGACGGUACUCAAAUUGGCCUGAGCCAUUCAAAUACAUCACUUUCCCAGAUGUGAAAGAGCUUGGAUUGAAAGCACAGAUAGGAUCCAACGGUGAAUCUGUCCAGCUUUCAACAGCAAAGCCGAUCAAAGGGAUCAUUUUGGACGUCGAGGGAGAAGAGGACGUUGUAUGGGGUGAUCAGGCUAUUGAUUUAGUCCCUGGUGACCCGCAGGUGAUCACGACUGUAGGCUUGAAAGGUAGGGAAGUGAAGGUGCGGUUCCUAGGUGAUGGAACUGCGUGAGAAGAUUUGCUUGUGGCCUGUGGGUAUUAUGUGUCGUGUGCCGUGUUUUGUCGUCGAGAUUGGCGAGACUCGGUUUCGGGAGCCCGCUGUUUUCUUGUUCGCUCAGUAGUAUUGCAAUUGAGACGCUGAAUAUUUACGAGACAGUGGCACCAUGAUAUAGGGGUUGAAAAUUGAUUUUGGUGUCUCGGGAGAACAUCACAAUUUGUGCAGUCUGGUCAAAGUCUAAAUGCAAGGUUUGGUCCUCGUAGUUCGUUCGAGCC